UCCAUGCCGAGCUGUCGCAUGGAGUUUUACAAUCUAACGUGUGAAGAAAUAAUCACUUCAUUCGCCUUAUGGAUUCAUAACCGUCCACAAGGAAAUCGACAUCGCCCGUCCUCGCCUUUGGUCCGAAAAGGAUAUUUUCAUUGUCCAUACUCGCCUUGGUCUGAAGAGGCUUUCUUCGUCGUCCUAUUUUGCCUUGUUCACAGUUCGUCUAGGUAGUCUUCGUUAUCAACGAAGAGAUAGACAUCUUCGUCGCUUGAGGUUAAAAGAAACUUUACGUCAUCGUUUUCAACAAAAGAUGCGGGAAUGUAUAAGUGUCCAUGUUGGUCAAGCCGGUGUUCAGAUGGGCAAUGCCUGUUGGGAAUUGUACUGCCUGGAGCAUGGUAUCCAGCCUGAUGGUCAGAUGCCCUCAGAUAAAACCAUUGGCGGGGGAGACGACUCCUUCAACACAUUCUUUGCUGAAACCGGUGCCGGAAAACACGUCCCCCGGGCUCUCUUUGCUGAUCUCGAGCCAAACGUAGUCGAUGAAGUUCGUACCGGAACGUUCCGUCAACUGUUCCAUCCCCAACAGCUGAUCACGGGUAAAGAGGACGCUGCGAACAACUACGCCCGGGGCCACUACACGGUCGGCAAGGAAUACAUUGACCAGGUUCUAGACCGGAUCCGGAAACUCACAGAUCAGUGUGAAGGUCUGCAAGGAUUUCUACUGUUUCACAGCUUUGGUGGAGGAACAGGGUCGGGAUUUGGUUCGCUUUUGAUGGAACGCCUUAGUGUGGACUACGGAAAGAAAUCCAAACUUGAGUUUGCCGUUUACCCUGCCCCCCGUAUAUCGACCGCGGUGGUGGAGCCCUACAACUCCAUCCUUACGACACACACAACGCUAGAACAUACCGACUGUGCCUUUAUGGUCGAUAACGAGGCUAUCUACGACAUAUGUAAACGUAACCUAGACAUCGAACGUCCAACUUAUACAAAUCUUAACCGUCUGAUAGGGCAGAUCGUCAGCUCAAUCACCGCCUCUCUUCGAUUUGAUGGUGCUUUGAACGUUGACCUGACAGAGUUCCAGACCAACCUGGUGCCUUAUCCACGUAUCCACUUCCCUCUGGCAACCUACGCUCCUGUCAUAUCCGCCGAGAAAGCCUACCACGAGCAACUCACAGUCGCGGAAAUCACCAAUGCGUGCUUUGAACCGGCUAACCAGCUGGUGAAGUGUGACCCCCGUCAGGGUCGCUACAUGGCCUGCUGUGUCCUCUACCGAGGGGACGUUGUACCUAAGGACGUCAACGUCGCCAUCGCUUCCAUAAAGACGAGAAGAUCAAUCCAGUUCGUCGACUGGUGUCCAACAGGCUUCAAGGUCGGCAUCAACUACCAGCCUCCAACCGUGGUUCCGGGAGGAGACUUGGCCAAGGUCGAACGUGCCGUGUGCAUGUUGAGCAACACCACCGCCAUCGCCGAUGCCUGGGCUCGCCUUGAUCACAAGUUUGAUCUGAUGUACGCCAAGCGUGCUUUUGUUCAUUGGUACGUCGGGGAGGGUAUGGAGGAGGGAGAGUUCCACGAAGCCCGAGAGGAUCUGGCCGCACUGGAAAAGGAUUACGAGGAAGUCGGGGCGGACUCCUAUGAUGAAAACACGAUUGACGAGGAAGACGAGUAUUAAUAGGGAUAUUUCUUUAAUAUGAAUGUCAUCUUUUAUUUUGUCCUCUAUUACCCAAUGAUAACGCUAUAACGUUUGCUUAUUCAAGGAAAUACUACGUAAAAUCACAAUACAAUAUCUACAUUGUGCUAGUUGCUUACUUGUGCCCUGUUGGAUAUGAAAACCGAGAUCUCUCAGAUAGCAUCACCGAUAAAUACCCCUGAAUCUGAUCAUAGCGUCUGUGCUGUCUUUAUCAAAAAUAUAUUUUGAGAAAAAAAUAAUGAUUGACUGAUAGGGUAUCUUCAGGAACAGUAUGUCGUAUACUGUGACUUCUUGUUAUGAUUUCAAACGUGUAUAAUAACUAGUAGUGUUUACAAGGUAGAAAUUAAAAUAUCAGCAAUUCUUUCAGUAAUUCAGCAAUGCAUUAUUGAUGUAUGUGUAGCAAGCAAUUCGUAUUUCUGUUGCAACCCUACCAAUGGCAGCGUUCUGGAAAGGAAAUCGCAAUGUUCAAGACUUGGCAUGUAAUAAACAUUUUUUGAUUGACAUUUUUUUGUAGAUUUUAUGAACAACUAGUUUUAUUUUAAUCUUUAAUUAAGUCUACUAAAAUUUCGAAACAGGUCAUAUUUAUGAGGGCUGUUAUGAGCCUCAUAUUGAAGGAUUUGAAUUUU